GCGCCACGACUCCCAAUCGACAGUCGUAGGCGGUCUAAGUGUGUGUCCUGCUGAUGUCAACUGCCACGAUGGCCGAGGAUGCUGAGCCAAACGACAAUUUCAGGAUGAAUGCCGACGACAAGAGUCUAGACGAGGUGAAUAGUCACGUUCCAGUGCCAAAUGAGAAUGACGUUGGUAUCGUUGGAUUUGAAGCCAGAGAAGUUAUAUCGAGGCUUGAGGAUGCUGUGGAAAGGGCUGCUGAUGGUGGUGGUAUGACCUGGGGCAGUCAUCUCGGAUUUUUGACGCAAUCAAAGAGUCCUGAGACUGUUCUGCAGCUCAUUCAGGACCUAGUGAUUCACGAAGAUGCACCCCAGAGUUUGGAAGGCGACCCCCAGGAUCCUCCACCAGCUCAACUCACGAAUUUGCCGCCCCUGACGGAAGCAGCAAAGCUGUCUCUCGUCACACAUUCGGUUUCAGCGUAUGCCGUUGCCCUUCCCAGAGCCCAUGCACAAAGACUAGCUGCACGAUUAGCCGCAGACACCACGAGGUGGUUGAGCCACAUAUUUAGGUUCGUCGACUGCGCAUCGUCCUUCCACGAGGAUCAUCUUGAGGGACUUGUUAGAGUUACGAGAUUGGCAUUGCACAGAAAAUAUCCGAGGUACAUGGAGGAUGGGUUUACAGCUUUAUCUGCUGCUCCACCUCUUAUAUACAGCUCUGUUGCUGCACCGCUGGGAGUUGUGCAACAUUUAUGCAGACAGCUAUCUCUGCCUCUCCAUUGCGUCCGGCCCAUCCCUCAAACUACGAUGUUCGGGUCUCGUCAAGUGAUGGACGUGGCAGCCCUAGAAAGAAGGCUUGCCGAAGACAGUCAAUCAAACAACGUGACCCCCCUCCUGGUCCUGGGUGAAGUUGGUUCAGCGAUAACAGGGCACUGCGAUAACGUAAGUCGUCUCCGUGAAAUAUGUGACAAAUUCAAUGUAUGGUUGCAUCUCCGAGGACAUUCCCUCGCAGCUCUGGCUUUCAACACUUCUCCCAAAGAUCUCCCCUCAAAACUCGCUGACAGUAUAACACUUCCCUUGGGAGUAUGGCUGGGCAUUCCCUCCCUCCCAGUGGUCACUCUCUACAGACUUACCGACACCAAAGGUGGAAAGCCCACCUCUCGAGACACCACCCUAUCGCUAGUAUCCGGUCUGAUGGUGGAAUCCCUCUCUAGAAGGCUCCCAACUCUGCCUCUCUGGGCAGCCCUUCAAGUUCUGGGGCGCGAGGGCAUUCAAAACCGCUUCAAGAAGUGCUUCCAGGUCAUCGAAGAUCUCUACAAUCGAAUUAAAAAGUUGGAAAACAUCAAAUUCCUGAGUCAAAUACCUGGUGGCACUGAGGGAAGCCAGGAGAAUGGUAGAUGGACAAUUAACGACUUGACGACUAAUCCUGUGAACAGCCCGCAGUUGUUCGAGGUAAUCUCGAGCGCUCUGGUAUUCCAAUACGUUCCCACGACGCCACCCACCCCUCCAGAGAAUAGUGAAUACCACUCAUUGCCAGAGAGAAUUCCUCCCUAUUACGACAAAUUAAAUUCGUGGCUCGGUCAGAUUCUCCAACGAGACAUCGAGAACGUGCCAAUAGAACUGUGUGAGAUCGAGCAGUAUGGGGUGGCUAUAAGGAUAUGCUGCCUCGAGAACAUUGGCCCUGCGCCAAGUUCAGAGGACAUGAAUAAUGUUAUUGCAUGUCUCGAGCAGCAGAUAGAGAUACUGAAUGCCACUGUUGAGCAUAAGGAGACUUUUGUGAGACUUGUCACACAGAAUGACUCACUUCACCUUGUUGAGAUGCCAGGGUGGGCUGGUUUGGGUGGAGUUCGUUAUGCCCCUCCCACGUGGAUUCAGAUAAUGACUGAACAGACUAAAGAGGAGUUGAACAGAUUGAAUAUGCAACUUGUGGAGGCAUUGAGGAGCACUGAUGCUGCUUUUUCAUUGGGUGAAGGCGCUGAUGGUCUAGCCUGUGUCAGAUUCGGAAUGGUCACUCAGGACACUGAUGUCGCUGAGCUACUUUCCCUUGUCCUUCAAGUCGGUCAGGAAGUCGAGGCUAGUUCAAAGCUGCUCGACACUAUGUCAGAGGUAGUUAAAAGGGGGAUUGAAGCUGCACAAACUGAUCUUGAACGGGAGAACGCUGAGAAACUCUGGCAGGAGGGAAUUCUGAGGCACGUGCCAGUCGUUGGGACCUUUGUCAACUGGUGGAGUCCACCUUCUAAAGAAGCUGGGGUUCGUGGUAGGAGUUUAAAUCUUCAAGCUGGAGUCGUUGAAUCUACCGAGAAUAUCUACAAGUACCACAUGCAACUACAACCAAAUUCAACGAGCAAUAAUUCGGGCGCUAGAACACCGCCACAGCCACUUAUUCAGACACCGGUGGGGGCGGGCAGCCAAAGCCACAGCAGGUCCUCGAGCCACUCGAGUCUGCAGAGUGGUAAGGGAGUACCACUUGUUAAUAAUUCAAAUUUACCACAGACUGUUGUCAAAGAGGAAGUGCCCGAGGUAUCCUCGUAGUUGGGUUGUAACUAAUUUGGAAGGGCUCGCAAGUUUUUUUAUCUUAGAGGACGGCUCGAGGUCUUUUACCAGAUUAAUUUCGACGAAAUUACGUGGAGUAAGAAAAGGUCUCGUCCUUCAUAAAGGGAGGAAUAACCAGCGAUUGGAGAUUAGCAUCCAAUCAUGUCAGAUUGAUUUUUAAUUAAUGACCUUUUCAUUUUCCUUGAACAGUGAAAAGAAGUCUAUAAUUGCAUUCCUCCAAUUUGUAACAAUUAUGGUGUUAGAAACGCCAGUGUAUUUAUUUUUUACUAAUCCUGUUAUCAUUGAAUUAUUAUGUCCAAUGGAAGGAAUUUACGUAAUCAAUUAUUGAAGUUAUGGUAUGGAAAUUCACAUUGUUAGCCUCGUAAUUGACUUUGAGGAAAAUAUUUCGUCAAUUUUUUAUGGCAAAAGAUCUUCUAACGUUAGAGCCUCUUCGCCUCCUGAAUUUAACUUUGUAAAUUUUACGCGUCUACAGUUUCGUCAGGGAAAAUUCCGCAUAGAAAGCUUAUUAAUUAUAACAAGGCUUAACGUACUUAGAACCAUAUAGCUCGAUUCCAAUUCCAUUCUUCUAAUUUUUCCGCUAUCUGAUGUUAUUUAAAUCGGGUUCAAGCAUUAUUCCAGGCGCAUAAUUAUGUUCAACGAAUGAAUCAAAAACGAGAGUUUUAUUUGAUUUAAUAGAUAGAUUUGGGUAAGAAAAUGGUGUAGUCCUCUCAAGUUGUCAGAAUUUGAAUAUUUUCUUUGUGUUAUAUUAUCACUUUUUCUUUCAUAAUUUAAUGACUUUUCAAUGUGCAAUCUAUUCCCUAUGCAUAGGCACAAAAAUAACUAGACAUUAAUUCUCAAGCACAAUAAUUAAACAGUUCAAAUCCACAACUAUUGAGGAAAAUCGUGUGAUAUAAACAGGAAUAAUUGAAUUCAUCACCAAAGAUCUGGCCACACGUUAAAUCAAUGAAUUUAGAUGAUUCCGUUUAUUUGCCCAUUUAUUUUUUUGGGCAAUGGUUCGAAGCAGUAGAAUUAAGGCAAUUGAUUCAUAAUUGAGGAUAAUUAUUUGUUUUCUAGUGAAUUAACGAGAAUUUAAACAAUUAUAAAGAGUUAAAUUAAGUUCAUAUGUAUAUUUAUGUACCAAAACCUUGUAAUAAAGUAUUGCUACAGAAGGAACAAUAAUAAUUAAAUAAUCAAAUAACA